CAAGUAAACUUACUUCCUAAAUUGGUGCUGCAAAUGACCAAGUUGAUCUACUUUUUAAAAUGAUUCGGUUUUGAGAACCUAGAAGGUAAAAGGGACUCUAGACAUUUCUCGAGAAUUCUUUAAGGCUAACCAUGACCAGUUCAGUUUAAACCCAGACUUUAUUAGGAUUUAUAGGUCUUCCACCUGUUUUACUUGCAGAUUUGUUGGAGUUCAUCUGCUGGUGUAAGCUGUGGAAAAGAUGCUGCUCCCUCCUUCGUGCACCUAGGAAGGGAGAGGUCCGCAUUCUGAUUCCUGAAGCAACCAAAAGCUAUUCAUGUGGCUGUGUGUCCUUCUAGGAUGGGCUUCUGGGUUUCUUUUGAGGCUUUUCUCUUUUGCAUUGGCUCACCAAUGUUUUGUAGGCCAGUGAAGAGAGAGACUAGCUGCUCUUCCCUUAGCUAAACCAGGCACUGUGCAGGCUGGUGGUUAGGACAGCUGCUCUGGGGGAAGGUGAUCUGCUUUCAUUUCCUGUUUCAAGGAACACUUGGCUGUGUGAUUUACUUUGGGCUGUAAUGACACUGCCCAUCAUAGUGAAUGUGAAAUUAGAAAUGGGAGCAUUUGUUGGAGACCUCUUCAGUAAUUACUGAGGUACAUUUCUUGUAAGGUUUGAAGAGGGAUGGAGGGCCAGAAAUACUGCAGGUCUGUACUCAUUACUGUGGCACUUCAGAGCUAAAGAUAUCUUGAAAACUUUACUGGGUCCUUGAGAGAGAAAACUACAUGACACUACACCAUGAGUGACAGUAAAUGUGAUAGUCAGUUUUACAGUGUUCAAGUUGCAGAUUCAACAUUCACUGUAUUAAAACGUUACCAGCAAUUGAAGCCUAUAGGAUCAGGGGCACAGGGCAUUGUUUGUGCUGCGUUUGAUACAGUCCUUGGAAUAAAUGUUGCUGUAAAGAAGCUGAGUCGUCCUUUUCAGAAUCAAACCCACGCAAAAAGGGCUUACAGAGAGCUUGUUCUUUUAAAAUGCGUCAAUCACAAAAAUAUAAUAAGUUUAUUAAAUGUAUUUACACCACAGAAGUCACUAGAAGAAUUUCAGGAUGUAUAUUUGGUCAUGGAGCUGAUGGAUGCAAAUUUGUGCCAGGUUAUUCAUAUGGAAUUGGAUCAUGAAAGAAUGUCUUAUCUUCUUUACCAAAUGCUGUGUGGUAUCAAACACCUCCAUUCAGCUGGUAUCAUCCACAGAGAUUUGAAACCCAGCAACAUAGUAGUAAAAUCAGAUUGUACGCUCAAAAUCCUUGAUUUUGGACUGGCAAGAACAGCAUGUACUAAUUUUAUGAUGACUCCAUAUGUAGUAACACGAUAUUACAGAGCACCAGAAGUUAUCCUCGGAAUGGGAUAUAAAGAGAAUGUUGAUAUCUGGUCAGUUGGGUGCAUCAUGGGAGAAUUGGUGAAAGGUUGUGUGAUAUUCCAAGGCACUGAUCAUAUUGAUCAAUGGAAUAAAGUUAUUGAACAAUUAGGAACACCAUCAGCAGACUUUAUGAAGAAACUACAGCCUACAGUGAGGAAUUAUGUGGAAAACAGGCCAAAAUAUCCCGGUAUUAAAUUUGAAGAGCUCUUCCCAGACUGGAUAUUUCCAUCAGAAUCUGAUCGUGAUAAGUUGAAAACCAGCCAAGCUAGAGAUUUAUUAUCAAAAAUGCUUGUAGUAGAUCCAGACAAGAGAAUUUCCGUAGAUGAAGCCUUACGUCAUCCUUAUAUUACUGUCUGGUAUGAUCCAGCUGAAGCAGAAGCUCCUCCACCUCAAAUUUAUGAUGCGCAAUUGGAAGAAAGAGAACAUGCAAUUGAAGAAUGGAAAGAAUUAAUAUACAAAGAAGUAAUGGAUUGGGAAGAAAGGAGCAAGAAUGGUGUGGUAAAAGAUCAGCCCUCAGAUGCAGCAGUGAAUAGCAACACCAGUCCUUCCCAGUCAUCAUCUAUCAAUGACAUUUCAUCCAUGUCAACAGAGCAAACAUUGGCCUCCGAUACAGACAGCAGCCUCGAUGCUUUGACAGGACCCCUCGAAGGAUGUCGAUGAUCAGCCAGGAUUGCAGACUUGACUUUGGAAAAGAUCUCUUGCUUCCAUUGGGCCUGAAUUGCUUGUAAGUUAAUGGAACCAAGUAGAAAAACUCCAUGUUCUGCAUGUUCUGCUAAAGUAAUGCCUGUUUUUUUUUUACUCAGUUGUUAUGAAAUUGCCUGCUUAAUGUUGUAGAAUGAAAGCAAAUCAAUGUUUAAAGAACAAAAGAUUUUAAAUUUAGACUCUAUUAUAGGCUUUUGUUUGUUUCAGCCUAUUUCAGGUGAGCAGUUAUAAUAGACUUUUAGCCAAUAACUCCUCCUAAGUGGAUUCAUGAAUCUUCAGUCCCAACCAGCAGGCUUCUGUGACACAAUGGUUGUUUACAUUUUAGUACAGUAUUGCUCAUUAGAGGUUUUUUGAAUGUAUAGUCUCGAUGAAGUUUGUUUUAAUGUGUGACUGUGGCAGUUUGCUUUAUUUAACGACUGGAGCGUUGUAUGUAAGUGUGAUCUCACACAUUGAAUGCUGUCAGUUCUGUGUUUAAAGGGUAGAUAUUCUUCCACGUAGCACUUUUUAUUUUAUUGAGCCCUUUCUAGCUUCACUUUCCAAUUCUGUCUAUCUUCUUGUAGAAGAGAUAAACGUGAAGUGUAAAGAAUAUAGCCAUUACUUUGUAUUUCACCUGUGAGCAUGUGUGUCUAACUUUUCAGUUCUUUAAAUAUGGGUGGAAGAUACAGUGGCUUAAUUAAACGUUAAGGAAGGAUGAGUGACUUAUCUGUGAAGCAGUGCCUGUUUAGAAGAGGAGAGAGUGCUAAAAUGUUCUGUAUUUUCUAGAUUGUGAUACUGGUCCUUUACCAAAAACAAACAGAAAAGGAAAUUUUAUCUGUGAUGCUCUUCAUUCACUGCAAACUGAUAAAAGGACAGAUGAAUUGGAGAGACUUGCAGCCUCAAAAAGAGCUGCAUAAAUGUGUUCCAUUUUUUUAAUGGGUCCAUUCUGUCUAGUGAGUAAUUAAAGAAAGAAAAAUGCAGUAGUUUUGAGUCACUUGUAAAUUAAGUAUUUAGUUAACAGAGUUUAGCUCUAUUCUGGCCUUAGGAACAACUCUCUGUUUGUACUGGGAGAUGAAAACAUAUUUAGUACAUAUUUUCUAAAUACAGUGUCAGAGAAGAGGAGAUUGAGAGUAUUUGCUGCUUCAAUACAGGCUUAUCAGUACAGUUUUCAGAACCAGAUAAUACAAAUGUUGCCUGUUACACUGCAUAAUAUGUUGAAUUAGAAAAUGUAUUUGUAGUAGACUAGGGCUUAAAUUGCUUUAUACUGCACUCCUGUGAAUCUGUGCACGUUCACUUGGGAGUGCACAGGUGUGAAACUUUGCUAAAGGAUCGUGUGUGUGUGUGUGCAUGCAUGUGAGACUAAACUAUAUCGCUAUAAGAGUAAUAGAGAUGUACAAGAUGAGGUAAAACACCACUUUCUUAAAGGCACUAUAUUUAGCUGUUGAUCAAGAUACUCUUGACUUGAAUAUAUAAAUAGGACUUAUAAAAUAUACUGGCCCAGCCAGCCACUGCAUUACUGACAUAUUUCUCUUGUAAAAGAAAACUCUCUGUUGUUUCUGACCUUAUAAUUUGAAAAGCAUCGAUUUCUCUUUAUGCAAUAUUACUUUUAUGUUAAAAUUGUACCACUUUUUAAUAGCUAAAUUUGCUCUAGCAAAAAUAUUAAGGUUUUACUGUCCCAGAAGGUUAAAAAAAAAAAAACCAAAA